CUCGCUGACAGACCGGGGUCGGGCGGGAGAGGCGAAGCGGGCGGGAGGCUGCAUGAUGGCGGGUGCCCGUCGUCCGCUCCGAGUUUCCUUGUGGCGGCGGCCGCUGCAGUCUCCGCUAGCGGACGGGCUUCCGCGUCGCCGCUGAAAGGGAAGGAGAGCUCGGCCUCCGCGCGGAUGGGGAGCGGCGGUUGCGAAAGAGGGCGGCGGCCUCCUCCUCCUCAGCAACAGCAGCAGCAGCGCCGGUCUCUCUGACGGGGCGCCUUUCUUCUCGGGAGGGAAAGAAAACUCGCAGGCUGGGAGCCACCAACCCGCCCGCCCGCCGGACGAGGGGAUGUUGCGCUGGAUCCGGCAGCAGCUGGGUUUUGACCCACCACAUGAGAGUGAUAAUCGAACUAUUUAUAUUGCAAAUCGUUUUCCCCAGCAUGGCCAUUAUGUUCCUCAGAAGUUUGCAGAAAACAGAAUAAUCUCCUCUAAGUAUACUGUGUGGAAUUUCGUGCCCAAAAAUUUAUUUGAACAGUUUAGAAGAGUAGCCAAUUUUUAUUUUCUUAUAAUAUUUUUGGUUCAGCUUAUGAUAGAUACUCCUACUAGUCCAAUUACUAGUGGAUUGCCAUUGUUUUUUGUUAUAACUGUGACAGCCAUAAAGCAGGGUUAUGAAGAUUGGCUACGACACAAAGCAGACAAUGAAGUGAAUGGAGCUCCAGUGUAUGUUGUUCGUAGUGGUGGCCUUGUAAAAACAAGAUCAAAGAACAUUCGGGUAGGAGAUAUUGUGAGAGUAGCCAAAGAUGAAACUUUCCCUGCUGAUCUCGUACUUCUCUCCUCUGAUAGAGAACAUGGCUGUUGCUAUGUUACAACUGCAAGUUUGGAUGGAGAAACUAAUCUUAAGACACACAUUGCAGUCCCAGAAACUGCUGUGUUGCAGUCAGUUGCCAAUCUCGACAAACUUGUAGCUGUUAUUGAAUGCCAGCAACCAGAAGCAGAUCUUUACAGAUUUGUUGGGCGUAUAACCAUAAGUCAUCAAAUUGAGGAAAUAGUACGACCACUGGGACCCGAAAGUCUUCUACUUCGUGGAGCAAGGUUGAAAAACACUAAAGAAAUUUUUGGUGUUGCUGUGUAUACAGGAAUGGAGUCAAAGAUGGCAUUGAAUUAUAAGAGCAAAUCACAGAAACGAUCAGCAGUAGAGAAGUCUAUGAAUUCUUUUUUGAUUAUCUACCUAAUAAUCCUCCUUUGUGAAGCUGUCAUAAGUACAAUACUGAAGUAUGCCUGGCAGUCUGAAGAGAAGUGGAAUGAACCUUGGUAUAACCAACAAACUGAUCGUGAAAGAAACAGCAGUAAGAUCUUGAGGUUCAUUUCAGAUUUUCUUGCUUUCCUGGUACUUUACAACUUCAUUAUACCCAUUUCACUUUAUGUGACUGUGGAGAUGCAGAAAUUUCUUGGGUCUUUUUUUAUUGUUUGGGACCUUGAUCUCUAUCAUGAAGAAACAAAUGAAAAAGCUCAAGUAAAUACAUCAGACCUGAAUGAAGAACUGGGACAGGUGGAGUAUGUAUUUACAGAUAAAACUGGCACACUGACAGAAAAUGUGAUGCAGUUUCGGGAAUGUUCCAUUAAUGGUCUCAAAUACCAAGAAAUCAAUUGCAGAUUAGUUCCCGAGGGAUUGAUAGAAGACUUUCCAGAUGGAGUACAGCCCAGUCUUACACACGAGGAAGAACUCUUCCUGAAAGCUCUUUGUCUCUGUCAUACAGUGCAGAUUAAUAAUGACCAAACUGAUGGCAUUUGUGACAGCCCGUGGCGUAGCAAUGGCAUACCCUCUGAAUUGGAGUACUACGCCUCGUCCCCAGAUGAAAAAGCUUUAGUUGAAGCUGCUCGCAGGGUUGGUGUUGUGUUUACUGGGGCAAAUGCAGAAAGCAUGGAGCUUAAAAGCUGUGGAAAGCCAGAAAGGUACAAAUUACUACAUGUACUGGAGUUUGAUGCCAAUCGUAGGAGAAUGAGUGUGAUCGUAGAAAGUCCGUCGGGUGAAAAACUCUUAUUUACCAAAGGAGCAGAAUCUGUUAUUCUUCCUUCCAGUAAAAAUGGUGAGGUAGAAAAAACAAGACUCCAUGUGGAUGAAUUUGCAUUGAAAGGGUUAAGGACUCUUUGUGUAGCUUACAGAAAGUUCACAGAGGAGGAGUAUAAAGAAGUGGAGCGACGUCUUUUUGAAGCAAAAACUGCCUUGCAGCAACGAGAAGAACGGUUGGCAGAGGCAUAUAAUUUUAUUGAAAAAGACUUGGAGUUACUUGGAGCUACAGGAGUUGAAGACAAGCUGCAAGACAAAGUCCAGGAAACCAUAGAAGCUCUUCGGUUGGCAGGGAUCAAAGUGUGGGUGCUCACUGGAGACAAGCACGAAACAGCAGUAAGCGUUAGCUUAUCCUGCGGACACUUCCACAGAACCAUGAACAUCCUGGAACUAGUGCAGCACAAAUCAGACAGUACGUGUGCGGAGCAAUUGAGACAGCUCGCCAAGAGAAUAAAGGAUGACUACGUAAUCCAGCACGGGCUGGUGGUGGAUGGGACCAGCCUCUCCCUUGCCCUCAGGCAGCACGAGAAACUCUUCAUGGAGGUCUGCCGAAAUUGCUCUGCUGUGCUGUGCUGUCGCAUGGCACCCCUGCAAAAAGCAAAGGUUGUACGGCUGCUGAAAACAUCUCCAGAGAAGCCUAUCACAUUAGCUAUCGGUGAUGGAGCUAAUGAUGUGAGCAUGAUACAAGAAGCUCAUGUUGGCAUAGGUAUCAUGGGCAAAGAAGGCAGACAAGCUGUAAGAAACAGUGACUAUGCAAUAGCAAGAUUUAAAUUCCUCUCCAAGUUACUUUUUGUCCAUGGCCACCUUUAUUAUAUUAGGAUAGCAACCCUUGUACAGUACUUUUUUUACAAGAAUGUGUGUUUUAUUACGCCACAGUUUUUAUAUCAAUUCUUCUGCUUAUUUUCACAACAAACUCUGUAUGACAGCGUGUACCUGACUUUGUACAACAUUUGUUUCACUUCCCUGCCAGUCCUCAUGUAUAGUCUUUUUGAACAGCAUGUGCAUCCUCAUGUAUUGCACAGCAAGCCAACUCUCUACCGAGACAUUAGUAAAAAUGCCCACUUGGGCUUUAAGCCUUUCCUCUACUGGACCUUUUUGGGAUUUUUUCAUGCAUUUGCUUUCUUCUUUGGCUCCUAUCUUCUGAUGGGAAAAGAUACUUCAUUGUUAGGGAAUGGCCAGAUGUUUGGAAAUUGGACCUUUGGUACUCUGGUCUUCACAGUUAUGGUUAUAACAGUUACAAUGAAGAUGGCAAUAGAGACUCACUUUUGGACUUGGAUAAAUCAUUUUGUUACUUGGGGGUCCAUUGGGUUUUACUUCAUCUUUUCCUUAUUCUAUGGCGGGAUAAUCUGGCCGUUUUUGCACACCCAAGACUUGUACUUCGUAUUUGUUCAGUUGCUGUCCAGCGGCUCUGCUUGGUUUGCCAUAAUCAUCAUAGUUGUCACUUGCUUAUCCCUUGACGUCGUGAAAAAAGUGUUGUACAGACACCUGCAGCCCACAAGUACAGAAAAAAUCCAGCUUACUAAGACAGGUCCAGGUGUCAACUGCCUGGAGUCCAUGUGUUGCUUCUCCGAUGGGGAGCCAGCCUGCGCAUCUUUUAGAAGAAUGCUGGAGCGAGUAAUGGGACGAUGCAGCCCCACCCGAGUCAACAGGUGUGGAAUUUCUCUGAAAUGCCUUUGCUGCAGACAGUUCUCCUAUAAACUGGAACACGAUGAGCCGACAGCUAUAGAUGUCUAGUUUCCUAGACAGGAAACCACCUCUCCUAGGUUCAGUCUGGGAUCUUCAGAGAAGAUCCAAGUUUGUGCUUUGAAUGUGGGGGAAUGAGAGAUCGUUGCGUUAUAACUGGUUGUUGUUGAAAAACUGGUUGAAUUUUGUUUUUGUUUUUUAAUGACGCUGUCUAUUCUCUGAUCCUGCAACUGCUAUUGUGCCUUUUAGUGGCUUUGGCGUUAUACGCUGUCUCAGGCGAGCGCUUCCCUGUAGUUUCCCAUCACCGGCCAGUGAUUCACAAGCGUGUUUUUUUUCUUGCCCUGAGCUCCCUGUGUGCAUCAUUUUUGCCUUUGUACUUAACAUGCACAUUUCUGUAUAGUUUCUCCCCUUCCCUUGUAUGUCUUUUUUCCCCCCUGAAAGUCAGACCAACGUCCUCGUUUCCCUUCCCCUUUAGCUGCUUCGCCUUUUGAAAUCAGAAGGCUUGAGCGGUGUUUGAUCACCAUGUGUCUCCCCUUCUAGACAUGCAGCCAAGCUUUCUUUUAGCUCCAAGGUUUGCGUUCUGUCCCCUGAAAUUUUCACUUCGGGGGGGUGAGGAAAGUUUAGUAGCUUUCCUCUUAUUUCUUGUUCGCCAACUGUGUGAAAGUCAGUUACUUUUAACAAUACGAAACAAAGCUCGCAUCUGAGUAAAAACAUUAUAAUCUAAAGCCAUCCCAAAUUAUGAUUAAAAGUAGACCUUUUUUUUAAACUAACAUGAAGCCAUUCAGAAAUAAAUGCUGAGCCUAUUUAUUUUUUCGCUAAUUUGUACAGGUCUGUUUUUUUUUUAAUUUUGAAAAGAUCCUCAACAGGAAGAUCAAUGAGAACCAAUUCUUAAUUUACAGAAGGUUGUAUCUUAAAAAGUACAGGUGAAAACUCUACGGAUAUAUAGAAAAAGAAGGUUAGGAAAUCAGUUUUUGCCCCGUGUUUCUAUACCCUUGUUUAAAUGCCAGGUUACAAUUGUUUUCUUCUUUCCUCGGUGAUAUAAGCAUCAGCUGAGAGAAUGUUGUUCAAUCUUGGUCACGGUUAAACAACAGCUUGAGUUGAGAUAAGAUG